AUGGUUCGAUGCCUCGUCUCCUGCUCCGAGCACGUGGGCCACCUGAAUCCGACUCUUCCUGUCGUCAAGGCCUUGGUCGACUUGGGUCACGAGGUGCAUUUCUUGUGCUUGGAGAUGGCCCAGAAAAAAGUCGAGGAGGUUGGGGCCAUCUUCCACAACACUGUGGCUGUUCAAACUGAGCUCUACGCCGGGCGCGACUCGGGCAAGUUGGCUGUCUACAGCAUUAUGGCAGAGCUUGGCCUCGAGAUGUCCUUCUUGAACAUUCUGAAGUGCAUGAACGUGAGUCUGGAGUUGGAGCUGCCGGGCACAAUGCGAUUCUUGCAGAAGCUGAAGCCGGACGUUCUUGUUUAUGACCCUCUCAUCACCAGCAGAGCGGCGCCCUUGGCGGCCGAGGUCUUGGGUAUUCCAUGUGUGGGGCUUCUCACCUUGGCGGGGCCGGGCGCGAUGCGUUGCCACGGCCCUGCGCUCUUGGGGGAGAUGACCUUGGAGGAGGCCGGGAAAGAGGUGAAGCAGUUUUCCCCUCACACGGCCGCCACAAAGCGCAUCUACAGCAAGUACAACCUGGCCCUGAAAAAGACUCACCUUCUGCCGGACGGCUACCUGGACACUUGCCGCAACACCGUGCUGGUGACGACCUCUGAAGAGCUCCAGGAUCCCGUGACGGAACCUCUUGCCAUGGCUUACGAAAGAGACGGCACCAGGUUUGUCUUUGUGGGACCCCUGCUGAUGCCUUCCGUGCCGGGAGCCUUGGAUGCAAACCCCUUGAUCCAGCAGAUGCGCGAGGCGCGCAAAGCAGGAAAGCGGAUUGUGCUCGUCAGCAUGGGCACGGUGAUCACCGGUGGCGACAAAGUUGCGGGUUGGGAUGCAGACUGCAACGGCCGAAGCAUCACCGGUCGAGAUCUUUGCCGUGCGGUUUGGUCGGCCACCUUCGAUGCCUGUGGUGAAGACUUCUUGGUUAUCACGGCCCUGGGCCUCCAAGCAGACCCGCUUGGGGACAUCGAGGUCCCGAGUGGUGCUGUGUGUGCGCCCUCCUUUAGACAGGUCGACCUGCUGAGAGCUGGUGUCGAUGUCUUCGUGACCCACGGUGGGCAGAACAGCUUCACCGAAGCUCUGGCAUCCGGCGCGCCGGUGCUGGUUUGUCCCGGUUUCGGAGAUCAGGUGGUGAAUGCGGAAAAAGCCGUGGUUCUUGGUGUCGGCUUGAAAGUGGAUCGGCCUUCCAUCGCGACCCAGGACGAGGCAGCGAAAGCCGCGGCAGACUACCGCGAAGAUGUCCGCAGAUCUCUCCGAGAGGUCUUGCAAAAUCCGGCAUAUCAGCGAGCCGCGGAAGCCCAGGCUUCAAAGCUCAAAGUCUGCGGUGGAGUCCCUCGCGCGGUGGACGUGACUUCGGGGCCCAAGCAGUAUACGUUUGAAAGUUUGUUUUCUGGAAUAUCCAACGAAGGUAAGGGCAGAGACUUCAAUCCUCUGGGCAGGUCGUUUUGCUUAGUCAGUCGCACCUUCUUGACCUGCUGGAGCCCGGCAUGA